AGAGCGAAGCAACACAGGUGAUAAAUAGUUUGUCAGAAUUGUAUUUUUGACAUUUAGUCCGUUAUUAUUGUUAUUUUGGUGUAGUGCAUUGUACAAAUGGUAUCUAAAUUAUUUGUUUUCGAGUCGACACGCAAAUCGUAUCGUUGUGCCUUCCUCACAAUUUAUGACCCUAUUGUGGAAGGUGAGAGCUGAGGAUAUUUUGUAGAGACCUUUUGAAAGUUGCUAUAUCCUUUUAUCGUGAUAUUCUUGGGUGUAUAAUUACGUAUUAGUGACGUCAUGUCGGACUAAUUAAUAUUAACAUUGCUGCUCUUAGAGUACAACAAAUUGUAUUGAAAUUCUCUAAUUAUGGUAAAUUCAUGACAGUGGAGUGAGGCUUGAAUUAGUUUGCAAUAAUCAGGCUAAAAACCGAUCUCAAAAUGAGCGACAGCGAUAAGAAAUGGUCAUGUGAAUAUUGUACAUACGAAAAUUACCCUUCUUCUAUUAAGUGCACUAUGUGCAGAGGUCCCAAACCGUUUGUUAAUGAAGAUAUAUACAGGUUACAUGAUGAUACACACAACACCGAAGACAAAUUCCCUUCCAGCAUAGAAUCGGCAGCAGGUCCAAUUGAGAACAAAUCAAAAUGUACAAAAUGCUCCUUCAACCUGUCGGGAAUAUGCGUUAACUGUGGCGGUACUUCCGUAUCGUCACAGACUUUACAUGAACACAUCCAACCGCUGCGAAUCUCCCAAAAUUCCGAUCUAGCCCAAAGUUUGUCUCGGUCGAGAAACAACAGUCCCCCCGCUAGUGUAACGAAUAUAGAGAAUGCACGAAGAUCGUCACAGUCAAAAUGGAUAUGUUCGCUUUGUACUUACGAAAAUUGGCCAAAGUCUAUAAAGUGUGCUAUGUGUGGAAGUGGUAAUCAGCGAUCCCAAGCAUCUAGUCUAAUAAUUCCUUCGCCAGAUCAAAUUGCAGAACCAGAUCGUAAUCAAGAUGAUAGGUUUAAGGAUUAUAUUUUAGAUUCCGCUACAAGUCCAAAUAAUUUAGAAAACGAUCGUAAACUAAGGCACGUUCGGCGUAACGCCGAUUGGCGCUGGCUGAAUGCUUGCAUGGGUGUGAUAGACGGGGAUCCCAAUCCCGUCGAAGCUUACCUUAGUUCCGGAGGCGAUCCCGCCCGAACACUUACAGCAGCAGAGGUGUCUAUGUUGAAUAGAAGCUCUGCCUUCGAUGUCGGGCAUACUUUAGUUCAUUUAGCUAUAAGAUUUCAAAGAGAAGAUUUAUUAGCCGUAUUACUAUCCCAAAUUGAAGGAUCCGGUUCGGGCGUUAAGCGAGUACCUAGUUAUGUAGCACCAGAUAUAGCAGCCGACAUUCGUAGACAUUUUGCUUCCACUAUUCGAUCGAGAAAAGGAAAUUUUCCUUGUAAUUUCGUCACGGAGUUUCCAACUUUUACAUUACCUGCAGAAGUUGACGAACUCCCAACCACAGUUCAAGAGCAGCUAUUUACAGAAUUAUUAGACAAAGAUGCGCAAGAACAACUCGAAACCGAUCCGGCUGUGAUCAAUUGGUCGUUAGAUAUAACAGUUCGGUUAGGAUCGAGACUGUAUGCCUUAUGGAAUCGAUCCGCCGGCGAUUGCCUUCUGGAUUCGGUGAUGCAAGCCACGUGGGGAGUUUUCGAUAGGGACAAUAUGCUCAGGAGGGCGUUGGCAGAGAGUUUAGGCCAAGGGGGACACAUGUUCUACCCGAGGUGGAAGGAGUACGAAUCGAGCCACGCCUCAUUUCUUCAGUAUUCUUUAGAGGAGGGACAAUGGGAGGAAGACUGGACGAGCUUGUUGUCUUUGGCCAAUCAACCGGGCACGAGCUUGGAACAACUGCACGUGUUUGCGUUGGCGCACGUACUCAGGCGUCCUAUAAUCGUAUACGGAGUAAAAUACGUGAAGAGUUUUAGAGGGGAGGCCAUUGGGUAUGCGCGGUUCGAAGGUGUAUACUUACCUUUGCUGUGGGAACAAAGCUUCUGCAUACGUACUCCAAUAGCUCUAGGCUACACCAGAGGUCACUUCUCGGCGCUGGUUCCCAUCGAACCUUACACUAGAAUAGAUUCCAGACCCCCACUACAACACAGCAACCUCGGACCUGAUCACAUGAGGAGCACCUUCUUGCCGCUGAUGGAUAGGGAUAGGAAACUGUUACCGAUUCAUUUUUAAACCGAGUCAGAGUUGGGGAGAGAAGAAGCAAUCUUACGCCAAUGGUUGGACGUAUGCGAAACAGAAAACGGUAUACUAGUUGCCCAGCAGUUAUUAAAUAAAAGACCUUUAUUAGUUGCUCAAAUGGUGGAGGAAUGGUUAAACCAUUAUAGAAGGUUGUCGCAAAUGACAUCAGCACCUUUCCGCCAGGCCAAUUCCCAUCCAAGACUAUUCCAGCGAAGGCGACACGGACGACGAAUAGCGAAGGUUGAAGUUCGUGCUAUGAGUAACACGAAAAACCAAGUAGUGAUAAUUUAGUACCUAACGUUUAAUACAUUUUCUCGAAGAGACGAAUAUUAGAUGAAUGGAAUCAUUUUAAAAUUCGCUGGGUUGAAAUAAUUAUUGGUCUUAGACGUUUCUUGUGAUAAUAUCGUUUGUAGUAGCUCAUUUUUGAACUAGUAAGCGAAAAUUCGGCAAAUUAUUGAUAAUAAAUAUGAUUUUCAUGCGGAAAUUUAUAAUUAUGAAAUAAGCGAGUUAAAAAUCGCCAAAUCUUCUACACUAAACCCACAUGCGGUGAAGCAAUAGCCAAAUGUGAACGAAGUUAUGGAUUUGUACGUGUUCAGCAGAUUUGGCGUUUUUCUCCAACUUGAAUAUUGCUUUCUGAAGAAAUUUCGUAUUUCUUUCUAUUUCGUUCUAAAACAUGUAAAGGUGGGAUUUCUUUUGCACGUAAUUGUAUAUUGCAAUGAAUUAUUUUUCGGGUACAUUCUGGUAAAAUAUCUCGAGUAGUUUGAUUGUAGACUUUAAAAACAAUCCGAAAUGUUUAUGCAUAAUAUUAAUGCCUCUUAUCGUAAGUUUCGUUCCUUCUUGCAGUUCCUGAUUAUUCCACAUGUCCCAUCUUCAUUCCACGUAUUGUAAAACGUAACCUAACCUUUUUUUUCUUGAUUUAUGUCCUCAUCAGAAAUCCCAUCUUUUUAAAACAAGCAUCGCUUUAUUAAUAUUUAUUGAAAAUAAUUUAUAAAUAAUGUAGUAUUUACGAAAUUAUAUUUUCUAUUUAU